AGCAGAGCCUUGGGCAGCGCUUCCCCAGUCUUGCCACACUGUCCAUCUGGGCUGGGAAUGGGAUUGGGGGCCUAUGACCUCUGAGUCCUCAAUCAAGGAGUGGAACUUGAUCUCCCCCCCCCAAAAAAAGCAAAAAAUAGCUGGUUCAUCACUGCAACUAGCUAAUCACCAUCAGGACCUCUGGUCUUUCCUUCUUUUUCUAACUGCCCUCUCCCUGCAGGAAAAAAGCCAAUCUUCUCAAGAAUCUCCACAGAAACUCUGGCCACAUUCAGACACCAGUUCCUGAGAGAUCUGUGCAGGAGGGCCCAGCUUAUCAGCACUGUCUUUAGAUCCUCAGCUCUGAGAUCUCGGCUGCCUGUCUACUCCCAAGGCCACCUUCCAUUGGACAACAUUUGGUAGCAGAAAGAACUGAAGCAGCACUUGGCAUCCCAGGCCGUGUGGGACAGGGUUCAUAGACAGCGAAAUGUGGUCUGUUACCGUCAGAGCCCUCUGAAAGGUAUCAACCGGUCACUCCAAACACCUCCCAAUAAGAAAUAUAAGAAGCACUCUGAAGAAAUCAUUGUUACUAGACAUACCUAGACAACCAUUUCAGCCAAAAUAAUUGAGAAAGACCCACAAAGAGAAGAUGGAUGAAGAGCAACACCAAAAGAGUUCAAAAUCACCUGAAAAGAAGCUAAAGACAGUUGAAUUCAAGAAAAAGAAAUGUGUUAGGUUUCUGUUACCCCAUAAAGCUGACAAGGAAAAGAAAUCCUCUUCCCUAGGAGAAACAGAGGAGUCAAAGUUCAGAUGUGAAUGCCAACACUGCCAGAUGUGUGAGGGGAACACAUCUGGGGUCUCUGUGGGACCUAGGACUGAAGCAGUCUCUCCGUCAUCCUCCUGGGAAAAUCUAACACUAGACCUCAGUAACUUGACACUCAACCCUCAUACCACCCAUCCCCAUCUUGUGCAAGACACCAUAUCCAAAGGAGAGAACAAAAUGCAGUGCCCAAGGAAAAACAAGAGGAUGUUUCAAAAGGUUCUCUACGAAUGGACAGAAUAACUCUGACACUGUCAUCGUCAUGAGAAGGAAGAUCCAAACCUACAGGACCAUGAGUAUCAACAUCUUUUGGGGAGCAACAUCAGGAGGAGUAAUGUCCAACCUGUUGAUAAUAAUACAGCUGGAUCGUGACUCGAAUCUAUUCCACAAAUGUAGCCAUCUUUUCCUUAGUAGUUUAGGCAUCUUCCCUUAGGCACUCUGGGAAGAGAUGUGGUUCUCAGUAAGGACGACCAAAUUGCAAUUUUUCUAUACUCCCCAUGUCAGUGUUCCCAUGGGAUUUGCUACCGAUUUUCCUCUCCUCGGGUUUGAGGUUUUCCUCCUUUACAUUGUUGCCAAUAAAGUUAAAACAUCUAUGUA